AUGGCACAGGGNAAUAGAGGCCGGUGGGCGGUGGACAAGUUCCGGAAAGACGUUCUCAUGGACCGCAUGCACUUGGCGGAAGAGAUGAUCCGGGACUCGUGGAGCGCAACCAAGCGAAUAAGUGGCAACAAGGCUGCCCAUCACAAGCGUUUAAUUUUAGGUUCCCCGGGAUCGGGGAUGUGUCUCAGCCCCAACUCCCACAUUGAAGUGGUGCGCUCCCGCUCCCCCUCACCCACUCCACGCUCCCCAUCACCCCCAGCAUCCCCAGGCUUGCAGACCCAAUCCAGGGAUGACUGCGCCUCCCCUAGCGACGCAACCAACAACCAAGGCGGCGACGAAGGCGACGAUGAGCGCAAGAGGCGCAAGAAAAAGACGCGCACGGUGUUCUCACGCUCGCAGGUCUUCCAGCUCGAGAGCACCUUUGAUAUGAAGCGCUACCUCUCCUCCUCUGAACGAGCUGGCCUAGCUGCCUCCCUACACCUCACAGAGACACAG